AGUAACGUUGUAUGCUAAUAUCCCUUUAAAAUUUUGCUGCAGGUAUUACUAACAUGUAAACAACCCUGAAACUGACAGUAUGCCAAAGCAAAUGUCAAACUGCUGAAUAUCGUCGUUGUGAGCAGGGAUACCAAAUGUGCAGAUUUGUCUGCAUAACGCAGAUUUUUGGAGUCCGUGUGCAGAUAUUUAUUGAUUUGCAGUUUUCCAUGGUUUCUGCAGAUUUUUGUCAGAGUCUUCUUAUAUUUGCGCAGAUAUUCUUAAAAUGUGUGCAGAUUUUGACAGACUUUUGCCUGCGCGAGCGAAAUUGUUUUGGAUCAUGGGUAGAUUUUUUCAGAUUUCGAGCACAUUUUUCCGGUUUCUCGAGCAGUUGCAGACAUUUUUCAAAAAUAUCUGGCAUCUCUGGUUGUGAGGUCGGCCAUUACGGAGUGCGAAACAUUGCUCAGUGAAGUGCAUUUUUUACGCGUGAAUAUUCCUUUAAAACUCACAUACCACUCGUUGGAAUAAUUUCCGUCUUCUCGGGUAUAUUGGAGUCCAACGUUUCCGUUAGUUAACGGCCAUCAAUCACACGCGUAAGGGUCAAAAAAGAAAAAAGCCCACAACGCUUGCUUGGUUCACAGACGAGGUGAAAAUCGAGAUUCGCUACAGCGGAAAGCACACACGUAACAGCCAACCAACUGAACCCUGCGUUAAACAAUGGCGUCUCGGGCAUUUUUUGCAGCCCGCUUCUGGCUUCUAUGAAUGGAUGAUGCAAAUUUUUUUCCAGCUCAGAAUUUAGCUACUGCAAGUAGUUGCUAACGUUUGAUUUUCGCUGAUUUAUAUCAACCAGUUGUUAAACUAGCAAUUUGUGGUCAAAUUUGGAGUACUUACAAUCGAUGUAUUUGAAUAAAAGGCGAUAAACUGUGCGGAGGGUUCACCCAGCAACUCUACGGGUAAUAACAAAUCACUGCACUGUGUUCGCCAUAUUGAAAAAUUUCCACUUGCUAGCGCACGCUGAUUCAGUGUGUGAGUGUACCGAGUAGUCGAGUGUAUGUGUUGUGUACCGCUAUUUACCUACUAUACCACCCAGAAGAUAGCGGAAAACGCCAUUGGUGUACGUGAUAGUUGGUUUUACAGUCGCAGGAUCGAGGGUAGAUUGUCAUUCACGUAGUUUUUUUUAUCCUGAUAUUGUCUACCCGAUCAGUGUGGUGUUUUGUUUAUAAGAAAAGCUGACAUUUUUGCUGUUAAGAACAGAAAAGCUAAUGUUCUCAAAUCAACAGUAAAAUUAAAUUAUUACACCGAAAGAGUGUUGUGUGCUUUGGUUGUUCCGUUGCUAAUUAGUUACGGCUAUUUCUUCUGCCGUCGAACGGCUGGCAGUGUUCUGGUCUAUCGAUGGCGUCUAGUAGCGCCAGUGGCAGUUUAGCGAAGGAUGACUCCAAGUGGUACUUUACCUCAGAGCAGCUGGCCAAUUCGCCCAGCCGCAAGUGCGGCAUGGAUGCAGAUCAGGAGCUUAUGUACAGACAACGAGCGGCCAAUCUUAUUCAGGAUAUGGGCCAGCGGCUGCAAGUAUCACAACUUUGUAUAAAUACUGCAAUUGUGUACAUGCACCGAUUCUACGCAUUCCAUUCCUUCACACAUUUUCAUCGCAAUAGUAUAGCAGCGGCUGCGCUUUUUCUAGCAGCUAAGGUGGAGGAGCAACCCCGGAAACUCGAGCAUAUCAUCAAAGUGGUGCAUAUCUGCUUGGGACUAGAAGCUCCUGAUCCGUUAAAGGAGAGCUACGCGGAACAGGCGCAGGACCUGGUUUUCAACGAAAACGUUUUACUGCAAACGCUCGGGUUUGACGUUGCCAUUGAUCAUCCACAUACACAUGUUGUCAAAACAUGCCAUUUGGUUAAAGCUUCCAAGGACUUAGCUCAAACAUCGUACUUUAUGGCAUCUAACAGUUUGCACUUGACGACCAUGUGUCUGCAAUAUAAACCAACUGUGGUGGCAUGUUUCUGUAUACAUUUGGCAUGUAAAUGGUCCCGAUGGGAGAUCCCCCAAUCGAACGAAGGCCGUCAUUGGUUUCAUUAUGUAGACAAAUCAGUUACGCUGGAUCUCCUGAAACAGCUGACAGACGAAUUUCUUCACAUCUUUGAUCGUUGUCCAACGCGGUUGAAGAGUAAGAUGAAAUCAAUACGUGCUGAUCAAGCACAAUCGGACGAUACAACCCGGAGAAGCGCCAGCAGUUCCUCCGGUAUGCCAGGAUCCUCGUCUAUUCUGCGAGGCAUCGACGACGCUGGCUCGUCGUCCUCUAGUCAUCAUCGGUCAUCAUCGCAUUCACAACAUUCGCACUCCAAGCAAAGCUCUACUGGUGGCGACCCUUUGUUGAAAACAUCACAAUCGGCAGCUUCAUCGAAUGCUAAAUUGUCUGCAUCUUCCUCAAGUAGUUCUCGAUCCCGCGAUCGUCCUUCCUCGUCGUCAUCACAACAACAGCAACAGCAUAAUCAACAGCAAUCGAUCACAGGCAAUAGUGGUCACUAUGGGUCUAGUUCUGUGGCUGGAAAAAUGCAACCGGUGUCACACCACGGUAGCAGUCGAUCGGGGAUACCUUCCCAGUCGUCAUCUUCGUCGUCAUCGUCGGCGCGAACGAGUUCUAUGCAUGAAGGUUCACGGGAUCCUAAAAAUCGUAUGAUGUCCAACGUGGCAAGUUCCUCAUCAUCGAUUCCAAUCAACCCAUACACUCAAAACAAAAUGGAUCGACAUGGUUACCAGAAAAAUCAGUCGAUGUCGCACGUCGAAGGCAAAAGUUCGAUGAAAUCUCAGAGUUCCAUGGCGGCGUCACUUUUCAACAACAAUUCGGAUGUGACAUCAAGGAUGUCUUCUUCUUCCUCUAUGAUAAAACAACCUCAGGCUCCGUAUGGUUCACAUCCUCCUAGCUACAGUCAAUCAAUGAGUGGAAGAAAUAAUAUGCCUUCAAGUGAAUCAAUUUCCGUCCCUAAUCAACAACAACAACAGCAACAAUACAAAAACCAGGUGCAACAAUCAUCAAGUGGUGCAGAGUCAUCCUUUCGCCUUAUUGACGACAGUAAUCGGUUAGCUGAUCCCAUGCAAAUUUGUACACCUCCCAAACAGUCGAAACCAUCGUCGAUUUUCAGUCCAGAUUGGAAGGACACUCAGGUAGAUAAUAAUAGUUCCAAUGCGACAAGUACGAUCUCUACUAGCGGCAGCGGUGGAAAAGCUCGAUCGCAAGCGCAUCCUUCAGGACUGGUGAAACAUAUUAAAGAAAGUCCAAGCAGUAGGGAUAAGAAACCUGCGUUACCACCGUUUUUGGAUCAACAGCCUCAACAGCAUAAGCAGCGUUCUGAGACCCCUAAGAAAGAACGACGUUCUGAUGCUACGAUGGCUUCCAGUGGUAACCAACAACAAAAAUCGGCAGAGAAAAAAACAGCUACCUCUUCGUCAAGCUUAAAACGAACAAUGGAAUCAGCACAUCCUGUGAAUAAUGUACUUACAGGCAAUACAAUUCAUACAGCAGAUUUACUUGGUAUCAAUAAGCUUCAUAACACAAGUCAAGUACCAACGAAACGAGCACUUCCUAAUAGUGAACAAAUUCGGCACGACGACGGAACUGAUUUUCGGGAAUCCAAAGUACGCAAAGUGGAAGUACCCUCACCCUCCGAUCAACUGUUUGCAUCCACGUUCGAUUUAGCCAACACCUUUGACAAACAGGACGAUGGAUUUUCACUGUUUUCGUUUAACGAUCCGGGAUCAUUGUUGUCGCAGCCUUUGUUGAGUGACUCUAAACCAAUCAGCACAAGCAGUAAGAGCAGUUUCUCGAACACCGUUAACGGAAUAGAGACUAAUCCAGCUCUGGUUAGUAGUUUACUGAAGGAAAGCCUUUGUAGUAGCGAGAGUAAAUUUGGAACCCUCACUAAUAAUAAUACUACCAAUAACAGUAGCAAUUCUACAAUGGCUUCAAAUGCAUCUAUUGCAAUGACAGCUUCUAGUUCGAUGACAGGAGCGUCAUCAUGUCUAUUGUCGAUGCCAUCGUCUAGUAUUGCAUCUUCGACUUCUAAUACGAGUACGUCCUCUAUUGUAAACCAAAUGCUCAAAGUACCUGAAAUGAUUAAAAAUGAGCCCAUGUCUAUUGACGUAAAUGCUUCGACGACAAUCAGUGGCAUGCAUUUCGAACCUGAUUCACUACCUUCAGCUACAUCAACGGUGCCGGCUGCUGGGUUAGCAAUUCCUUCAUCUGCUGUCUCCGCGGCAGCAGCCACUAGCGACAUCCAAACCCUCACAGGCGAUAUACUCAUACCGCCUUCCAAAGACGACGAACACCAUCGUUCUAAGUCAGAAAAGAAGAAGAAAAAAGAUAAACACAAGCAUAAGGAGAAGGAUAAAUCUAAAGACAAAGAUCGGGAAGAGCGUAAAAAACACAAAAAAGACAAAGAUCGUCAUCGUGAUCGCGAAAAAUCCGACAUAGCAAAUGAAGAACCUGUAACAGCUCCGAUUAAGAUCAAACUACCUAAAGACAAAAUUAAUCUUCCUUCACUUUCUGAUGGCCCUGAAGGACCAGCAAGUCGGUCUUCUGUGUUUGCGGCUUCUGGUGGCAGCAUCCCAGCAACAUCUGAUUCGGGACUAAAAAUUAAAAUUCCAAAAGACAGACUUUCCGGUUCAUCGUCACUGGGUGCGUCGACAGCAACGGGUACGGGAGCAAGCAGUUCUUCUGUAGGUUCCAAUUACCCAACACUUCCAGCAACAAAUCCUCUGAAAUUGAAAAUCUCAAAGGACAAAAUUAUUAGUACUGGCGGUGACAACAGCCAUAAUAAUGGCUCUGGCCAUGGUCACUUAAGCGGCAAUAGUGGUACCGCUCCUCACCACGGUCACAGUGGUAAAAAGAAAGAUCGCGACCGUGAUCGUGAUAAGGUCAAAUCUAGCAAAUCUUCAAUUGUCACAUCUUCCGUCGAUUACGCAAAACACAAUGGUAACAAUAGCGGCUCUUCAGGUGGCAGCGGCGGGCCAGGCGGAAGCAUUCCCAGCAAAUCAGGUUCGAAUAAGAUCACUCAACAGCAGCAAUAUUCCGGUUACAACGUUAACAGUCAGUCAAAUGCAUCCCAGGCGUCAUUACCCCACCAUCCAGCUAGUUUCGACUACAUGCAACAUGCACAAGCACCAACGCUUCAACAGCAGCAGCAGUACUUCAGCCAAUUCGGUACAUUCAAUGUUCAACAGCAACAGCAAACAAUGAUUAAUAGUAGCGCUAUGAAGACUUCCGGUAGCAAUAUUGGCACCGUGCUACCACCCUAUUACUAUAACUCUAGUAAUCAGAACAACGGUAGCAAUCCCAACAAAAAGUAGUUUUUGAACGCGGACUCCAUUGGCCAAUCGGCAAAUGUAAAAAUGUGAAUACAAUUAGUUUAUCGAAUUACUAUGUUCACUUCUUGUUAAGUUUUCCUUUUCUCAUUUUACUAUGAACAUCUUUUCUCCACUGUUUUCCUGAAGAACGUUAAUCCGGAGGAUCCUUAUUUAUGUACUGUUCUUAAUUAUACUGAAUAUAUUAUGCUGAGCAAAUAAAAAUUCAAGUGCUGAAAUGAUAUGAUAUGCCUCUAAAGCAAUAUUUAACAUUCGGUUUAUAAUACUUGGUCGAAAAAGGAUACGUCAUUGAUGAAAUUAGGAAUCUUGAAAAUGUAUAUAAAAUAAGCGCCAGAAUCAAUGCGAAUUGAGAGUUAGUGCUUUGAUACCAACACAACCGUUUAGUAAAAUAUUACCAAUUCUCAUACAGCGGCCUGAUCUGCCCACUUUGAUUGGACUUUCCCGUUAAACACACCCACAUGUAUCUCGGAAGAAAAAAGUUUAAUAUUAUGUAUAAGUAAUAAUAUAAAUCAUAUGACAGUUGAAUAUAACAUUCGAAACUAACUAUCCUAUUAGAAACUUUCAAACAAACAAAAACAUCUAGAAAGCAAAGAAAAGUCUGAUUCUGAGAAGCGAUAACUUUAAAAACAAAACGAAAAGCAACCACUAACACUAACCAUGUAUCUCAAAAUUCGUGGAACUAUGAUAUUGUGCUGGUUGAAAACUGAAGCAGAGAUGUAGUUAGAAAAUAUUACGUUGUAUUCCCGUUAACUAUACGCUAUCACUAGAAGCAGCGAAUCAAUGCGGGCAACGGACAUAGCACGUGGAACCAUUAAAGGCUCGUAUGAAGCAGAAUACUGUCA